GAUCUGAGACUUUACCACUCUUUUAAAUGCUAAAGUGAGCUACACCACACAGAACGCUGAACUAGUUUUUGUAUCGACAGAAAGAGCAAUAGGAUCCUGAGCAACAAUAAGAUCUCGGCGCUGAACAAUAACUCUUUCCUCGGCCUGCGAGCUCUGGAGAGACUGGAUCUCAGCAGUAAUCUCAUUAGCAGAGUUGCCCCCGGCGCGUUUCAUGGCCUGACGGCUCUGAGGAGACUGGAUCUUUCCAACAACAGGAUUGGCUGUUUCUCUGCUGAUAUGUUUCUUGAUCUUGGCCGUCUCUCCAAACUGAAUUUGUCUGGGAAUAUCUUUUCCACGCUGCCGGAGGGUUUGUUCGCACAUGUCCCGUCUCUCAAAGCGCUGCACGUAGGCACAGACUAUCUGUUCUGUGAUUGUCAGCUGCGCUGGAUGUUGUCGUGGGUCAGAUCUCAGGCGGUGCGUGUGGGGAAUGAAUCCGUGUGCGUGUAUCCGACUCGUCUUCACGGACUGCAGCUGCACAGUCUUCAGGAGCAGCAGCUCACCUGCGACGGCCCGCUGGAGCUCCCCGUCCUGCAGCUCAUCCCGACCCAGCGGCAGCUGGUGUUUCGCGGGGACCGUCUGCCGCUGCAGUGCACCGCCUCGUUCCUCGACCCGUCCGUCAGACUGUCCUGGAGCCACGAGCAGCGUCCCGUCCACACGCUGGAGCACAGAGGGCUGUACGUGGAGGACAGCAUCAUUCACGACUGCUGCCUCAUUACCAGCGAACUCAUCCUGUCCAACAUUGACGCCGGCGUUUCCGGUAAUUGGCAGUGUCACGUGACCAGUUCCCGUGGCAACAGCUCAAUCGGAAUGGAGAUUGUGGUGCUGGAGGCGACGGCGCUGCACAGCCGAGACGAUAAGUACAAAAAAAACAAACGUUAA